AUGAAAUACGUGGUUGUAUCUGGAGGUGUCAUUUCCGGUAUUGGUAAAGGAGUGUUGGCUUCUUCUACUGGUCUUCUUUUGAAAACAUUAGGUCUUAGAGUCACUUCUAUCAAGAUUGACCCUUACAUGAACAUUGACGCUGGUACAAUGUCUCCCCUGGAGCAUGGAGAAUGCUUUGUCCUGAACGAUGGUGGUGAAGUCGAUUUGGAUCUCGGAAACUACGAAAGAUAUCUCAAUAUCACCCUAACCAGAGAUCACAACAUUACCACUGGUAAGGUCUAUUCAAAGGUUAUCGAAAAGGAAAGAAACGGUGACUAUCUCGGAAAAACUGUCCAGGUUGUCCCUCACUUAACCAAUGCGAUUCAGGACUGGAUUGAAAGAGUCGCUAGAAUUCCUGUUGACAAGUCGGGCCAACAACCGGAUGUGUGUAUUAUUGAACUAGGUGGUACCGUUGGUGAUAUUGAGAGUGCUCCAUUUGUUGAAGCUCUUAGACAGUUCCAGUUUCGUGUAGGAAGAGACAAUUUUGCUCUGAUUCAUGUGUCCUUGGUACCUGUCAUCCACGGUGAGCAAAAAACCAAGCCAACACAGGCAGCUAUCAAGGAUCUUAGAUCAUUGGGAUUAAGCCCUGACAUGAUUGCUUGCAGAUGUUCUUCCACACUAGAUACUGCUACCGUUGAGAAAAUUGCUAUGUUCUGUCAUGUUGGACCUGAACAAGUUUUGGCUGUUCAUGAUGUCAACUCCACUUAUCACGUCCCCCUUUUGUUAAGAGAACAGAAGCAGAUGGACUUUUUGACUGACAGAUUGAAGUUGAAAUCGCUCAAUCUUUCGUCUGAAAUGAAGACCAAGGGUGCUGAGUUACUCUCCAGGUGGAGUUCUGUUACGACCUCUCACGAUAGGUCUUUUGAAACUGUAUCCAUUGCAAUUGUGGGUAAAUACACUAACCUACAUGAUUCUUAUUUGUCAGUCAUCAAAGCUUUAGAGCACUCUGCCAUGAGAUGCGAAAGAAAACUGGAGAUUGUGUGGGUUGAAUCUUCUAAUUUGGAGUCUGACUCUCAGGAAACCAACAAGGCAGACUUUCACAAGGCUUGGCACUCACUUUGUUGUGCUGAUGGUAUCUUGGUUCCUGGAGGAUUUGGUUCCAGAGGUAUAGAAGGUAUGGUCCUUGCUGCAAAAUGGGCUAGAGAGAAUAAUAUCCCAUACCUCGGUAUUUGCUUGGGUCUUCAGAUUGCUGUCAUGGACUUUGUAAGACAUGUGCUAGGAAUUGAGGGUUCUAAUUCCCAAGAAAGUGACCCAGAGUACCCAGAAGAGAAAGCCUCAGUAGUUUAUAUGCCAGAUGUGGAUCAAGAAAAACUCGGUGGUACUAUGAGAUUGGGUCUUCACAGCACUCACUUCAGGGAAGGUACGGAAUGGUCCUCUCUAAGAAAGCUCUAUGGUGGUGCAAACAUAGUCAAUGAAAGACACAGACACAGAUACGAAGUGAACCCCAAAUUAGUCGAUGAUAUCGAAGCAAAAGGUCUUCAAUUCAUUGGCCGUGACGAAUCCGGAAAUAGAAUGGAAAUUCUAGAGCUUCAAAGCCACCCUUAUUUUGUGGGAACACAGUAUCAUCCAGAAUAUCUUUCAAAGGUGCUGGAUCCUUCAAAGCCUAUACUUGGGUUGGUUGCCGCAGCUUCUGGAAUCCUAAGCGAUGUUAUUGAGAACAAAUCUCAAUUGUACGAGGGUGAUUUCUAA